AUGUCUUUUUCACUGCCUGCAUCUCUGGUGAAAAUCAGAGUCCCCAAGAUCCACCACACUUGGGCAAACACGUACACCUGUUCUCCACAGUACUAUUUCCAACCUAAAACAACUGAAGACAUCCGUGAAAUUGUUAUAAAUGCACAAAAACUCAGAAAGAAAAUAAUGGUUGUUGGUUCUGGCCAUUCGCCAUCCGAUUUAACCAUUGUGGGCAAUCCACUAAACGAAUGGUUAGUUAACCUAGAUAAAUUCAACAAGUUCAUCAGUGAGAAACCGUCAUCUUGUGGCAGGUAUACCGAUGUUACAGCUGAAGCAGGUAUGAGGGUUUAUCAGUUGAACGAGAUCUUAGAAGCCAAGGGACUUGCCCUACAAUCUUUAGGGUCUAUUUCGGAACAGUCUCUAGCAGGCAUCAUUUCCACAGGUACUCACGGCUCCUCUCAGUAUCAUGGUCUAGUUUCUUCUCAAGUCGUUAAUAUUAAGUUUAUAAAUGGUAUGGGGGAAGAGGUUUCAUGCAAUGAAAAGGAAAAUCCAGAUAUUUUUAGAGCUGCUUGUUUAUCCUUGGGUAAAAUUGGUUUAAUAACUGAAGUCACUUUUAGAGCAGUUCCAAAGUUCCAACUAAGAUCGGUCCAGGAAGUUAUUAAUAUCGAGACCUUGAUUGAAAAGUUUGAUUCAAUUUGGACGUCUGAUGAAUUCAUCAGAAUUUGGUGGUUCCCAUAUACGAAAAAAUGUAUUCUUUGGAGAGCAUCUAAGAGUACCGACCCAAUCUCCGAGCCUAGAAAAUCAUGGUACGGUACUUUCCUUGGUAGACUGUUUUAUGAAAGCUGUCUCUAUGUCUGUGUUAAGUUUUUCCCUAAAUUGACUCCAUAUGUUGAACGAUUUGUGUUUUCCAGACAAUACGGUAACGUUGAAACUUUCAAUAAAAAUGGUGAUGUUGCAGUUCAAAAUUCUGUUGAUGGACUGAACAUGGAUUGUUUGUUUCAUCAAUAUGUUGACGAAUGGGCUUGCCCACUAACCAAUGGUCCUGACAUUAUCAGAUUACUAGCCAAAUCCAUCGAGGAAGCUAAAAGUGUCAACGAAUUCUACGUUCAUUCCCCUAUCGAAAUUCGUUGUUCCAAUACUACUUUGCCAUCAGAGGCUCAAGACUUAUCCGGCAGGAAAUUGAUCGAUAAAGGUCCAAUUUUCGGUAAUAUUUUAAGACCAUACUUGGAUACGACGCCAAAAUUGAACUAUUUACCAAUUGAAAAAGUUACGAAUUCCCAACUGACAAUGUACAUCAAUGCUACCAUCUACAGACCUUUUGAUUACCCAACUGACUACCAACGUUGGUUUCACGUUUUCGAAGAAAUAAUGGAGGCGGCAGGUGGAAAACCGCAUUGGGCAAAGAAUUAUGAUAAUUCCAUUGUAACGAAGGAGAAAAUGUUGGAAUGGUAUGGAGAUGACCUCUUAAAAUGGAGGGAAAUUAGAAAGAGGAUGGAUCCAAGUGGUGUAUUUCUCUCUGGCCCCGAAUGGUUGAAGAGAAACGGUGUUGUUGAAGACGAGUAUCUUGUUGAAGAUUCCACAACCUCUUCACUUUCAUCUUCUAAAACUGCCCAGUCCAUCGAAUAG